AGGACCGAUCAUUGCAAUAAUAACUCUCUAAAUAACCUAAAUUCCAUAGUUAAAGUAAAUUCUUUCAUUUCCUAAUAUCAAAACCCAUAUAAGUUAUGGGUGGUGACAAUGUUUUUACCAUCCUAGCGACACUCAUCUGUCUCAUCUUGCUUCUGUCACCUCCCCAACUGGCUCAAUGCCAAAAACUUGAUGACCAGUUUUAUGAUCAGUCAUGCCCUGACUUGCAUAUGAUAGUCAGCUCAGGUGUUUGGUCAGCCAUCACGCAGGAACCCCGAAUGGCUGCGUCUCUUCUCCGUCUCCAUUUCCACGAUUGCUUCGUUAAUGGUUGUGAUGCGUCUGUGCUUCUAGAUGACACGACGAAGAUGAGAGGAGAGAAGAACGCCCCGCCAAACCGCAAUUCGUUAAGAGGUUUUGAGGUCAUUGAAAGCAUUAAGGCAGAUGUGGAGAAAGCUUGCCCUUCCACUGUUUCCUGCGCUGACAUUUUAACGCUUGCAGCUGUUUAUGCUGUUUCCAUGCAAAUUGUUCUGCCGCCGAUUCUAGAGACCAUCCGUGAUGAGUGGGGAUCACAAAUGUGGAGCGCGCCACUAGGGAGGCGAGACGGAUUAAGCGCCAGUGAGGCAGGAACUAAAAGUUUACCCUCGCCAUUGGAGAGCUUCCAAGAUAUCAAGACUAAAUUUUUAGCCCAGGGUCUUGAUACCAAAGAUAUGGUCGUUCUUUCAGGAGCCCACACCAUUGGAUAUGCUCAAUGCUUCACUUUCAAAGCAAGGCUCUUCAACUAUAACGGCACAAAAAAACCAGACCCGUCACUUGACCCGGCCUUCCUGUCCAGCUUGCAGAGCAGCUGCCCGAACGUGAACGCAUCAAACCCGAAGCUCGUUCCUUUGGAUUAUCAAACCGCCUAUGGUUUCGACAACGCGUAUUUCACCAACCUUGUGGGAAAUAAGGCCCUUCUCGGGUCGGAUCAAGCUUUGAUGACGGAUCCACAAGCUGCUGCUCUGGUUAACCAAUACAGUACUGAUCCGGGCGCUUUUUACAUGGACUUUCCUGGGUCGAUGAUUAAGCUCGGGAAUAUAAGGGUGCUUACUGGAAAAGAUGGGCAAAUUAGGAAGAAAUGCCGUUCUGUCAAUUAAUUAAUGUAGAACAGUAUGGAUAGAUAUUUAAAUAAUAAAUGUAAAAUAUCCUUAAAUACAUAUUUAUAUAUACGUGGUCUUACUGGUCUAUAUAAUAAUUAUAAAAUAAGUAUAUCUUCAACCUUUAUUUAGAGCAGCAAGAGCAA